AUGAGUCUCAAAUAGGAAUUUACAUAAACUCUUUGGGAUUAAUUGAAGCUGUCACUAUUUAAUGUUGCGUACUAAAUUAUUGGCUAAAACAACCAAUCUUUUUAAACCACUUGCUUGCUCUCUUUUAUCUAAUUUAUCCAGCUUUUAUAUUUUCCUUUUUAAAUAUAGCUUUAAUUUGCAUGGCAUAAUGUCAAAUUAUCAGGGGAAAUCCAAAAGUUUUUGUAGUAUUUCACUUCCAUAAGAAUGCUUAACUAACAGAAAACUUCCGUCUAUCUAAUAGCAAUGUACUGUGGUAUCAGUAUUGUUCUCUUAAUUGCAAUUAUUGUGUUGUUGGCAACCAUCUUAAAAUAACUCCUUAAUAAUUAAUUUCUUAUGCUUGUCCUAAGUGUUACAUUAAAAUUAAUCAUGACGGCCGGAUUUGUUGAAAUCUUGAGAUUACAUUUGGGCUUUUUGGUGUGUAAGAGAGACAAUAGAGGAGAAUUAAGAAUGUUCUACACGACCGAUUAAGUCUGUUGGCAGGACAGUUAUAUUAUUCAUGCCUGCAUAGUUAUCUUUUCAUUGGCCGUCUUGUUCUUCAUUGUAAUUAUUGGAUCAUAAUUAUUUAUUGAAGUGAGAAAUAACCAAAAAAAUACAUUUUCACAAAGAGAAGGGUCUACCUACACAUUUAUGUUUGUGUAUGUAUCAUUGUCAAUGUUCUCCUACUCCUUAAUAGAACUACCCAAAUAUGCCGUAAUCGUGAUCCUCAUUCAAUUGCUCACAAGUUUCCUUUUCUUUUACAAAAUUAGAUUCAAAAAGCCUUUUUAUAAUAGAAGUGUCUAAAAAAUUUGGUCAGCCAUCAGCGGUUUAGUUUUUUAUACCAAUUUCAUGCUAUUAACUACAUUUACAUUCGAACACCUAGUAUUUAUAGGUACCAUGAAGGGUUGGCUUGUGACUAUGCCUAUGCUUCUGGUUAUUCUCCUGUAGGAUGAAAGGUCAACAGUCAACUUAUUAAAAUCAAACAUGAUUUAAGAACUAUCCAGCUAAGAAAUUAUCUAACUCUCUGAAUUUUUGAUUGAAUUAUGUGAUUGCUUUGAGAAAGACAAAAAUAAGGAAAUUCUAGUGUUGGGUUUCUUGGAAGUCCAUAAACAGACUUGCUUGAAUCCUUAGUGUGCAAUUAAAACAUCUAUCGAACUCGCUAAAAAGUUUAAAGACAACCUCAAAUAUACAGACAAAAGGAUGAUUUUAAAAGAAAUUAUAGAUUAAAUCUAUUAGGUUGGCCUUUAGACCUAUCCGCUUAACGUGGAUUUAAAGUUGCAUUAUUCUUAUUUCCUUCUUGAUACUUUAGAGUAGGGCUAGAAGGCAUUAAUAGAAGUGGAUAAAGCCGAUAUGUGUUGUCCAUCUUUUGCUUAACAAUUUUUAAUAUUCAAGAUGAGGAAGAUUAUCGAUUAAAAUUACCAGAGAUCAGCAACAACAAAUUAAGUUAAAUACAUUUAAACUCUGGAUAGAAGCAUGAAAUACUAGUAUAAACAAAUUUAGUAGUUGGCUGAAGAAUGUGCCUAUUAUAAAAUUUAAUUCUGGAAUACUUUAUUAGAUGAAAAUCCUAAUUUAUCCUCAAUACAAAAAUAUGGAAAAUUAAUACUAGAAUCUGUUCAUUUAUUGAAAAAAUAAUUAUUCAAAAUUUAAAUAAAUACUCCUUUAGAUUCAUCUAUCUAUAGACUUAUUGAGAAGUUUUCUAAAUAUGUUCAUUAAUUGGAAAAUUAUAAAGGUUUUCAAAUAGCAAAUAAGCAGAAAGUAGUUUCUCAAUAAUCAGAACAUUAAUAUCUAAAAAAUCAAGAUGAACUAAGCAUGUAUUCAUAUCCAGUCAUAGUCUUGGAAUUAUUUGGUAAACCAAAUCAACCAACAAUAAUCAAGAAUGUCAAUUAAGCUUUCCAUUCUUUAUUGGGUUACUCCAAAACAGAUGUCAUAGGAAAACCAUUAUCAUUAAUCCUAUAAAGCACAUAUUAAAAAUUGCAUAGUGUUUUUGUAGAAUCAUAUUUUUCCUAAUUGAGACCUGAUCAACUAAACGAAACAGGAGAGAGAUCUUAGUUUUUGGUUUCUAAAAAUAAAUACAUACUGUAGACCUUUAGCAUUAACUCAAUAUACAUGUCUGAUAAAGGUAUAUUUUAGUUUUGUAGACUGAGACAAGAAAAAUGUUAUAACAAUUGUGCAUAUAUCAUCUUUAAUUUAGAAGGCAAAAUAGAGAGCAUUUCAGCAACUUGCAUAUCUAUACUCAAUUUGGACAUUCGUCAAUUGCAAAUUCGCUAAUUGACAAUUUAAAGGUUGUUCCCUUAUUUAAUGUAUAACAAGGAAGAGUAUAUCAAUAAAAUGAACUUGGUUGUUUUUGAACAUCAGACGCACUCAUUAAGUUAAAGUUCAGAUCAUGAAGAAAAGUUUAAUGACUCAUGUAUCUCUCGGUUGUAUUAUGCAUAAUUAUACGAAAUAUCCACCAAAAAUUACAUGUUUUCUUAAGGAGAUUAUCGCUAAUAGAUUUACGGAUACUACUUAAAAGUACAAAUGAAUGAAGCAGCCACUACGAAAGAUGAUUAUUGUCUAAUCAAAAGGAACAUCUUCAAACAUCAAUUCAAGUUUUCAGUUGAAUAAAACGCCUACAUCUUCGAGCAUGUCAGCCAAUCAACAUCUUAAUAUGAAUCUAAUAAGAAUGAUAGCGAUGUCUAAGAUGAACCAAAGGUUGCUAUUUACACCUAAUAAAGUAUCCCAAGCAAGAAAUUCCUUUCGAUGACUAAUCUUAAAUUGUAAUCAGGUUUAGGCCAUGAUAUCAAGACAUUGAGAUUGUUUCAAGGAGAAAUCAAGGAAAUCAUUGAUCUAGAUUAAGACGAGGAGGAAGAAGAAUAGAUUAGAGAACGAACUUAGAAAUUGCAACUUGAAGAAGAUAAAGAGUAACCUUAAUAAAUUAAGAUAAAUAAUCAGGAAGAAUUAAUGUAUCAUCUCUUGAGUGUUCCUUAUUCUCCUCUUUUAAAGAAACUCAUUUUAAUUCUGAAUUCUUUAUUGAUUCUAAUGUUUGUUAUUGCUAUUGUGAUGUACAAAGUCAUUAUAAAUACUCAAAAUUAAUUUGAAUCAGCAAUCUCAUACUUAGCAGCAUCUAAUUAAAGAUUUGCAUCUAUUCUAAAGAUUUAAUCAAAUUUGUAAGAUUUGAGAGGUUGUUAUUUGAAUCUUGAGCAGUACACUAUGAAAACUACAGGAGGCAGGUAUGUACAAAUCAAUUAUGCUGAAUUGAACAAUGAAUUGAAGAUUUUACUUGAAAUUGAUCAAAUUUUAACUUCCGCCAACGUUAAUAUUAACGAGAAAUAUCAAAAGGUAUUAGAUGAUUUUUAAUCUGCCUCAGUGUAAAUGUUUACAAAAAACAAUAAUUUUCAAAACUUCACUUUUACUUAAGCCAUAGAAUAAAUGAUAUCUAAGGCUAUCACUUUAAAUAACUCGAACAUAUCAGCUUACGUCGAUGAUAAUGAGGAUUUUCACUAUUAUCUUCACAAUACACUUAAUUCAAUUCCGAAGUAUUAAUUAGUUUCACAAGCUUAUUAUUACUACAACAUUCUAAGUUUAAUAGACGAUCUAGAAAUAGAGGAGGAAUCAUUUUUUACUAUACAAAUCUGUUGCCUUUCAUUCAUAUUUCUAUUCUUUUAAUUAUAUGUCUUUUUCCAUUAAAAGAUUGUAAAGGAGAUUAUCUCUUUGUAUUUGGAGAUUAGAGAUAACUACAUUAGAAAGAUGAUAAAUUAAUUUUAAAUCUUUAUUUAGUUAUUAUAAUUAAAUGAAAAUGAUGAGAUUGAAUCCAUAGAAGAAGAUGCUGAAGUACAAGAGGAAUAAGACUAUAACUUAGGAUUCUCUAGCAAAAAUAAAAAAAGAAAAUCUACAUUCGAAAUGAACAAUUACCGAAAAGUACAAGUUAACUUCCUAUUCUUUCUUACUUUAAUAAUUUCCUACUUUUCCUACAUCUACUUUUCAUCAACUACUAUUACUGAUUAAACUAAGUCCCUUGUUCCUUUGGUGAAUCUAACAUCAUUUAUGCCCACACAAUAUAGGUUGAUUGAUAAUAGUAUUAAGGAGAUGCUUUACGAUGAGAACGCCAUUUUGUUUAAUGAGUUUAAUUCACAAGAGAAGUUAGAAAAAGAAUUGGAAGAAGUCAGGCUUUUGGAUGCAGAACUUCAUGCUUUGAAUUAAAAGAAUGAACUGAUUCUAUCAGAUCGAUAUAAACAGGUGUUUAAUGAAAUUUACAUUCUAAAUCCAUGUGAUAUCAUAUUAGCAAAUGAUCCCUCUGUGAACUCAACAGCUUGCCUAAAUUUUAAUUAAAAUAUACUUUAGGAAGGUCUAUCAAUUGCAAUAACAAACUUUUUUGAAAAUGCUCAAAAUAUGCUACAACAAUACUAAUAUUACAAUAAAAAUGCUGUUUAUAAUAAUUUAACCUUCAAUAUCAGUUCAGAUCAUCGUCAAAACUACACUUGUAAUAUUUAUAACACAAGAGGUGGCAAUGCAAAUAGAAAAAUGCAAAAGGUAUUUAUAAGAGUGUGUCAUAUGCAAUUAUUAGAGGAAUUACAAAGUUAUUUAUAUUCUCAUUAUUCUGAUUUAUAACUGCAAUUUACUCUUCUAUUCAUGAUAUUUUGUGUGAUAUCGGUUCUAGUCUAUUUUGUUAUUUGGAUUCCAUUGCAAGCAAGGUUUUAUUCGGAAUCCAAAACAGCCAGAGAAAUAUAGUCACUUAUUCCAGUUGAUCUUUUUAAUAAUUGCUAAUCUUUACAGGCAUACCUCAGAUAGAUUAAAGAAAAACGUUGA